AUGGGACAACUCAGGUGGUGUGAUUACAUGGCGGCAAUUGGACAGAGGACCGAGGAGUGUGAGCCGGAUUCGAAAAGUUUGGAAAUUCAGCGACAAGUGGAGAUGAGUAGGUGAUACUAAUCUCAAUUUUGAAGCCGAAUAAUGAAUAUUUCAAUAAGCUACUGUCAUCGUUUUUUUCAGAGAUACCGUAUCCCGACUACAAUCUAUGUACUGGCCACUAUGGUUAUUGCUACGCUUCAGAGGAGUGUGAAAGCGGGACGGUGUGUAAACAAACUUUUACGGAGAGGAAGUGCUGCACCUCGCCUUACAGUCAAUGUCCGAGCGUCGAUGAGCUUGGAUAUACAUGUCUCAAACAUCAUCCCACGAAUUGGUAAGCACUCAAAGAGAAAAAUCAUUCUUUUUUACGCGAAAUUCGAAGAGACAUGGCCGGUAACGACUGUUGAUUACUGUGCUUGUCACGGCAAAGAGAAGCUAAAAUUCUUAGGGAAUAAUGUUUGGUAUAGUAACUAAUUUUGUGCGAGAUUUAAGAAAAUUUUAAGCCUUGCCCUUCGAGCACUCGCUCUUUGAAUAUUACUCAUUUCCACAAUUUCAGGUGCCUCCGCGACGACGACUGUGACCCGGCCCGCACCAACCGCUACCUCUGCUGUCCGACCGGCUGCAAUUACAACGUGUGUGUGCGGUCGCGCGGCUAUCGGCCCAACCAGCUCGCCCAGCAGAUCAGCAUCAUGCAGGCCGCCAACAACGGACUGGGUAGGUUGGACGAGCCGGGCUUCCUGGUCUAUCCGAUCCUGAAAAGGAAGGACCCGCUCAUAAUACCGCACAAACCGCCCACCUGGCAACAGAACAGCAUUGUGUGGAAUUAUGAGAAAGAGAGGGAGUUGGCGCGCAAACGACAUAAGGUAGAGGACAGAAAAGUUUAGGGAGUGCUGUGUGUGGGCGGGAGUGUAAAUGCGGUUGCUGGUGGGGCUGGGCACGAAAUUUUCGAAGAUUGAGAGUAAUGAAGCUAGGCGGCUUCAUGAUUCAACUGGAGCUGUUUUCAGGCUUAGAACCAAAGAUUUUGGCCUUGAUUUUUGCCGCUGAAAUCUCUGUUAUGGGUGCUUAAUACUCAAAUAAAUUUGUGGCCAUUUUAAAUAUCAUGAAUUACUAUAUCAUCUAUAUUCUUGCUAACACGUAUUUUACCAUUCACCUAAGACUUUAUAACUCUCAAAAACUUGCACUUGCAGCACUUGCUACUUCAACUAACCCUUAACUUUUGCCCACCUUUAGGAGUUGUUCGCGUCCCUUCAACGUGUCCGUCGGCGCUAUCGCUGGCAGUGACCUGCCAACGACACUACAGUCGUCGUCGUUGGCGCCCAACUACCUCAUGGUGCAGCACGCACGACGAUUGUCGGCCGUCGCGGCACGGUGACCGCAGUUGUUGCUCCACGCCGUGUGGCUACAGCCUGUGCGUGACGAAGCUGAGUGGAGGGACUUGGUUCAUUGGCUGA